AUGCCUCUGGCCAAAGACCUUCAUCCCUCUCCAGAAGAGAAGAGGAAACACAAGAAGAAGCACCUGGUACAGAGCCCCAGUUCCUACGUCAUAGAUGUGGAAUUCCCAGGACGCCAUAAAAUCAGCACCACCUUUAGCCAUGCACAAAUGACAGUCCGGUGUGUUGGCUGCCCCACUGUCCUCUAUCAGCCCACAGGAGGAAAAGCAAGGCUUUCAGAAGGGUGCUCCUUCAGAAGGAAAAGCACCUGA